AAGGUCUGUGUCCCAAGAAUGUUCCCUGUGAAUUUGAAGACGCUGGCAGUAAUAGGACUGGACAGACAGAUGGACGGAUGGGGGCAAAGUCUUUGCAAUACCCAAUGGCCAUAUUUUGGCCUUGGGGAAAAAUUCAUGCACACCCUGAUGCUGUGCUCCGUUUGUGCAGUUGGAAAAAUGCAAGGUGAUGGCAUCCAAGAAGAAACCCCUGUGGCUGGAAUUCUGUCCCAUGCCAUCGCCCACCAACCCCACACCUGUAGGAAUAAUCUUCAAACAGGGGGACGACCUCAGACAGGACAUGCUGGUCAUUCAGACAUUGAUAGUGAUGGAUUCUAUCUGGCAGGAGAAAUCUGUGAACCUCAACCUCGUUCCCUACGGCUGCAUCUCCACAGGAUACAAUAUAGGUAUGAUUGAGAUUGUGAGGAAUGCAAUGACUAUUGCUGCAGUCCAAAGGUGCCAUGGAGGAACCACCGGCAGCGUCAGAAAUGAUGCUCUGUUUGAGUGGCUCAAGUCAAAGUGUCCACUCCAGGAAAUUCACUAUCAGACGGUGGAGAGAUUUGUGAAUCCUGUGCUGGUUACUGUGUGGCCACCUACGUACUAGGUAUAGGAGAUCGUCACAAUGCAACAUCAUGAUCACAGACCAAGGCAACCUGUUUCACAUUGACUUUGGCACAUC